CAUCCCGGUAUUUGGGCAGCUACAAUCUCUAGAAAUAGCAGUGUUAGCACAAGUCCCUGAAAGAUAUUGUCUGCGAGUAUAAUAGUUACCAGAUUUUAAUAUUUAACCUAGCUCAUUGGCUACUUAAUCGAGUAGACAAAAAACUAACAUUAUCUACGGCUAGUUUAAAUAGGAAAAAAUUUAAAUUAUAUUAAUAUUAAUUAAUUAUUUCUUUUCAAAUGUAAAUAAUUAAUUUAAAUUCGUUUAAAACUCUAUCUAAAACUAUGCCGGGAAUUUUUUUAAUUUAAUUAUUAAAUAGGUUUUUCUAUUUUUAAUCUCUUUAAGCACUUUGACUGAUAUUCACUUUAUUUUCAAAAUUUUUAUAGUACAAUUUUGAAAAUCUGGUUAUACAUAUAAUUAUUUUUAGAACAAACAUUUAUUUAAUAUAUAUUUUGAUAAUCCAUGCACUGCUGCAAGGUGUAUAUAUGCUGGGAAUUAUAUUUAUUUUACUUCAUUUUUAAUUAUUUCAAUUUAUUAUUUAAUUACUUAUAUCUUCAGAAAUAGUUAAUUAAUGUAAAGCUUUCAUCUAGAAUUCGCAUUGCGCUGACGUCAACUUUUCACUUUGUACAGUUGCGACUGCCGCUUGCAGAGCAGGGGUAUCUUUUUUUUUGGUGCAAGGGAAUCUGCAAACACAAAUUGGUAUUAAAAAAAAACAUAUUCAACUUACCGACUUCAUGCUAAGCUCCUUUCGAAGAAGAAGACACAAUGUUCUUGCACAUUGUGGAAGAGCUGCAACAUGUUCAUCGAUUGGCUAUAUAUACGCUCGAAUGUUCAGUUUUCAAUCUGUUUCAAGUCGAAGAGAGUUCCUUCAAAAUGAAAUUUAUCAUAAUCCUGGCGUGUCUGGUGCUCUAUGUGGCCCACUCCGAGGCACAGUGGAGCACAUGUCGCGGUGUUCGUAAGUAAUUAGGGCAUGUCUCCAGGUUAUCCAUAAAAUUACCUUUUACUAAUUUGCAUUUGUUUCUCCGCAGCUAACCGGCCAAUUUGCGUUGGCCGCAAGGACGAGGGCUUCGUCAGUCGGCCCAUCUGCGCCAGGAAUGCCA